AAUAAAUAAAAUAGGCGGACUCCGAUCAUAUCGUUGGUCUCGGAUUCCUAGAACAAUAUGUACCCGGAAUAUGUAGUCUUUGUGGGUAAUCAUAUUCUUUUCGAUCUUCAUCAUCACUCAUCAGCAAAAGGAACAGCAGUAGUGAUUUCCACUCAACCAAUCAUCAUCCGCCACGUGCCAUUCUGCAUCCUGAUUCGUUCCUGCCCUCCUCAAUUUCCUUCCAAGAUUACUGUUACCAAAAGCCAAAUCCAUUGGCCCAUUCAUUUCUCUCUCUCUCUCUCUCUCUCUCUCUCCCUGCCCUCUGUUUUUGAUCCUUUUUCACCUUUCCAUUGUACUACUCAGUUCUCACACAACUGUGGCUCCACCAGUUGGAAAAUUAACGAUAAUUCGAACGAAUGGGGAACGUCCUUGGAUUUCUGUACGGACAAUGCUGCAAGCCGGCGGCGGACUCCGAUUCGCUUCGCCCCCACGGGGUCUCCGCCACCAACGCCGGCGUCUCCGCCCUUGCCCACGAUCUCUACCACUACGAAAUCACCUCCCAGGUUCCUGAAGGACUCGGUAAGCAUGUAGUUUCGGCGAAGAAGGCUCAGGGUAACUGGUAUAAAAAACUUUCAGUGGCAUGGAGAGAAUCAAAACCUCCACCAAAAACACCAGAAGAAGCUUCAAGGCUCAUUAUACUGACAUUGAAGAGACAUCAAAAGGCAGAUGUUGAGGGUUUAUUGGCCUUCUAUGGUCUCCCUCUUCCUCAUACUCUGGUUGAGCUCUCCUCUGAGGUACCCACCUCACUGCCCCCAGGACUCAAGUUUGAAUUGCAGACUCUACCGGUGGAUGCAAAAGCUGUAGCCGAUGGGGAUACCAUCACAGUAUAUGUGAGCACGAUGGAUCCAAGGGAGUCGUCUGCGGUUCCCAGAGACGUUCACGUUGCAGCUGUUGAAAGAUCUAAAGCUCGCGCUGAGAGGAAUUACCCCAAGGCGGAUGCCCUGCACCAGAAAAUCAUUGAUUCGGGAUAUAGGGUUCUAAAUAUUCAGAAUGAGGAGAUUCUGAGCCGCAAGUAUCGGAUUCGGCUAAGGGGAAUAGAUGCGCCAGAGAGUGCAAUGCCUUAUGGGAAAGAGGCAAAGGAGGAACUGACCAGGAUUGUUCAGGGUAAGAGUCUGAGAGUACUUGUAUUCGACGAAGAUCGAUACGACCGUUUUGUGGGAGAUAUAUAUUGCAAUGGAAAAUUUGUACAGGAGUCAAUGCUAAAGAAAGGACUGGCGUGGCAUUACAAAGCCUAUGACCAACGUUCAGAACUUGAAAAGUGGGAGAGAGAGGCUCGAGCAAAGCGAGUUGGGUUGUGGGCUUUGUCGAACCCGGAGAUGCCUUGGGAAUGGAGAAAGAACCGACGAGAGCGAAGAUAGCCAGAGUCUGCUGUGAAGCAACCAUUUAACCAUAUUCAUAAGUGUUCGAAUGUUUGUAUAUCUAACUUAAACACAUUCAGUUGAAGGACCUGACUGCAGGGUUGGUAAUUCUAUUUUGUAUUGCUAUGAACACUA